AUGGCUGCACCUCAGUGGAAAGUGAGGCAAGCUCAGGCAAGCUAUCCACCUGCCGAAAUAAAGAUCCAGUCGAGAAGGUUCUUAUACUUGAAAGAGAUCCGGUUCUUACACUUCGAUGAGAUAAAAGAAGUUUAUGGUGACGAUGCACCAUCAUACGACGUAAUCAAGCACUGGAAUCGCCAGUUCAAAUGUGGUCGGACAUCGGUGGAAACUGCUGCUAUUCAUGGACGACAACAUCCCGCCACUGAUGUCAACACAAUACAUAAAAUGGUAGUCGCCACUUUGGAGGAUCACCGCAUAACUAUUCGGCAACUAGCCCAAGAAGUGAAGAUAAGUGUAGGGUCCGUGGGAAAAAUCAUUUAUGACCAUUUGAACAUGCGGAAGUUGUCUGUGCGAUGGAUUCUCCGAAUGCUCACAGUUCAGAAACAAGAAUGA